GUCCACGUAAGAAAAAGAAAGAAAGAAAGAAAGGAAAAGCUCAACAUUCCAUCGUACAAUGGACUGGAAAAAGUGAAAAAUCAUCAUUCUUUGGCAAUUUGGACCAUAUAACCGUUGCUCCCCAACGGGUUAAUAACCCGGCAACACAUUUCAAAAAUCUGAAAAGCGCACAUUAAAAGUAAAAGCGACCAACCCAACACCUUUUCCCCUUCGAUUGCCAAAUGUUAUUACAUUCUAAUACUAUACAACAUUAGAGACUUUGUCAAGCCUCAAUUUUCAUUUCAUUUCCAUCUCCAAGAAUUCCAAGAUCAGAUCAAAUGGGCUCUUGCAUUAGCAAAUGUAGACCAAAGAAGAAGUUCAAGGAAGAAGAUGAAAGCCAUGUUCAUGACAAGCUUGUUAUCUCGCAAGAUCCCAUGAUUUCAUCGAAUUUGGCAACUGUAGUAAUGCCCUCGGAGAAGCCUCUGUCUCCAGCACCGUCUUCUUCUUCAUCGUCUUCGAUUUCGGCGUUUUCUUGUUCCUCUCAUAGAAAAUGUGCCGGCACGAUGGCUUCAUCCGUGUCGUCAUCGUUGUCGUUGUCGUCUUGUUCUUCUUCCGUGGUGAGCGCAAAAGACCGGUCUUUUUCCAACGACUUCUUGAGGGCUUGUGUGAAGGAGAAUCCACAAAUAAUUGGCCUUAAUUCUGUGAUCAAGGAAAAAACUGUCGACAAACCUAUUGUCAAUGCUAGCAAAGUUCAUCCCCGCUGGAAUCUUGAUCCUUCACCGUUGCUUAAUGCUUCUCCUAUUGUACAAAAGGCCAAGCAAUCGGUUCAAGAAAGGCCGAUGAUCAGCGUCCCAACGCCCAAGAAACGGGCUCGUGCAAGUUCGCCAACUCUCGUUAGGCAGAAGAGCUUCAGGAAAGAUCAGAAUCCCGCGAGUUCACUACCUAACAGAGGCCUAAGGUCACCUUCUCCAAGCCGAAGAUUCAGUGGGGAGAACAGUAGAAGUAGUUCGACAAACGGGACAUAUGAAAGUUCUGGCAGAAGCCCGGUUACGCACAAGGCCAAUGCAAUUAGUUCAGCAACAUCUGGUGUGAAAAGGGAGAGUUUUCGGGCUCCAAUUACCGCAAGUCCGAGCCGUGAUAUGAUGAUUAGUCGUAAUUUACCGGUCAGGAAAAAAGGUACAUUUUCUCAACAGGUCAGUAAAAAGAUCGAUGAAGGCGUUGCCACUGCUGAUGUUGGGGAAAUGGAUACUGUCAUGGAGGACAUCAACAAUCCGCUCAUUGCUUUGGACUGUUUCAUAUUUCUGUAGAAUUGAAGCAUUUUUUCUGGUGUGAAAUUGUCACUUGUGUUUAUAUACUUUUUGUCUUUUGCUGUGUUGCUUGGUUUGUGGUGUUUGAUGUUUUUUGUAGAGUUCUACACUCGUGAACAGGUUUCAGAUUUGUAGCAUAGACCGAGGAAGCAAACAUCAGAUUGUCUGUGUUGAGAAUUAUUCUUUUGUUGUUUUUGAGUUUGGAUUGGAGAAUGAGUGUUUGUUUCUCUAAAUAAAACCUGCUACAAUUGCAGAGAAUUCUGCCUUCCUUCAACAAAAGAUCAGCACUAUCUUGUCUUAACAUAAAACGGAAGGGAUGAGAAGGCAAGAAAACUAUUUAUUAUGAAGAAAAUAUAAGCUCAACCAUGACGAAAAGUGAAGAUAAACUGAACCUAAGUGCUGCUCCAUAUUCUGGAGACGGGC